AUGGCCUUCGUCAGCAAGUCCAUAGCUUCCCCGGCGCUUCCGUGCCUCGUCAUGGCUCUCGUGCUCGUGGCAUCCACCAAGGCCCAGCUCCUGCCACCCACUCCACCAGCUCAGACUCCACCACCGACGACUCCUGCACUGGCACCAUCCCAAUCUCUGUGCCCAGCUGGUUUUGCUAACAUUUCUUUGUUCGAAGAGGCUAAAUUGGAGCUAUUUAAGCUUCGUAUUAUUCUGACUUUACAAUCCAACAGUACCACCGAGAAGCCCGCCGGCAUCAAUACCACUUUGGCGAGCAUUCUUCCACGAUUCACGGUGUGCUCCUGCAUUUAUGUUGGCACUGACGAUGUCGAUGACGAUUUCGAGCCCCCCACUCUUCUCGGCGCCCUCACGUGCACCAAAAUCAGCGGCUGA